AUGGAUCAUAGGUUGGUCAUUUUCGCUGUUUCGGUAAUAUUUGGCUUUCUGGUCUGCGGUGAGGCUCCGUUUGUUAAAAUGACGAAUGCGGUGUGCAAGUCCUAUAAUCAAUCGUGGGUUGUGGUUCAUUACUGCCGCCUGAAGGCCUAUUCUCGAUCCAAGACUAGCUUGAAUAUAAAUAUCACGUUAUCAGAGCCAGCCAGGAACAUACACGUCCACUUGAAGAUGAUGAAGAGGGCCAAUGGGUAUAAGCCCUUCUUGUUUGAUUACACACUCGACGCCUGCGAGUUCAUGCGAAGGCGGAAUCAGCCGUUCGCCAAAAUCGUUUGGAACCUAAUAAGGAACGUGUCCACGGUCAACCACACCUGUCCCUAUGAGGGCGUACAGAUGCUAAGCGACUUCCAUCGCAUUGAUAUUCCUCUUCCACUUCCGUCUGGGGAGUACUUAUUCUUAAUGGACUGGUUAUUCGAUUUGAAGCCGCAGUUUGCCACGAACGUAUAUUUCACCUUUGUAGAGGAUAAUCCUUAGGUGGCCUAGAUGGAAUACCUCGUAAAAUACCAUCCGAAUCUUAACAAACAUGUAAACUGUAGUAGUAUGGUUGUGGGAAAAUAGUAAAAAGUAAGUAAUAGUACUUAUUGUAGCAAGCAGGCACACUACCGUAACAUACACACAGUGAUUGUACAUACAGUCCUAGAUAUACAUACUCUUAGUUUUAAGUACAAUUUUACGCUAAUGUUAAGAUCGUGCUUACGGACACUACUUUGUGCGUCCCGUUCGCACGAUCAGCAACUGACACACCAAUACAUACAUGUAAUAGGCUAAGAAGGAACGGAACGAAGAAAUAAAGAACACUUCGUUUGUGACAAGAAGAGAGAA